AUGCUAAAGCCUCUUUGUGUCCUUUUUCUGGGCGCUGCUAGUCUUGCUACAGCGCUUCCGCCGUCCCAGGUGGUCUUCGGUCCGGCAUCAGAAGCUCCUAGCCCGCACGAUUCAUUCGACUUCCAGAAUGCUGUUGCUGCGGCGCUUGCUAAAUACUCUGACCCGGUGGAGGCUAUGAUAUCCUUGAAUAUUGAGAGCAAAGCCCAGCUAUAUGAGCCGCGCUUGCUGCACGUCCUUGGUGAGGACAAGCCGACGUGGUUGACCGAAGGCGAUAAGCUACGCCUUCGCAAGGAAGGAAAGAAGUUCAUCGAUAUCACCGAGCAUGAAGACUACUAUGCCGGCCAAGUGAAUGCGCUUGCCGGUAAAGCAAACCUUCCCGACCUUGUGCAUGAAAGUCUCGUACGACCACUAUUCUCCAAAGUCGAUACACAGCGUCUUCGAGAUGUCCUCACGCAUCUGACCAGCUAUUACAAUCGCUACUAUGGUUAUGUCUUCGGGGAGCAAAGCUCUGAAUGGCUCCACGAUCAUAUCGCAGAAAUCAUCGCCAAAUCUCCCUUCCGUACCCACAUCUCCCUCGAAUACUUCACUCAUCCUUUCCCUCAGUCCUCCAUAAUUGCUCGUUUCGAACCCAAGGUCCGCAACGCCUCCGCGCCGUUGACCAUUAUCGGCGCGCACCAGGACUCGGCGAACUACCUAUUUCCCUUGCUGCCUGCUCCCGGCGCAGAUGAUGAUGGCUCAGGUACAGUCAGUAUCCUGGAGGCAUUCCGUAUCUUGGCGGAAAGCGGCUACACGCCUAAGGACGGCCCGGUCGAGUUCCACUGGUACGCUGCUGAGGAGGGCGGCCUUCUGGGGAGCCAGCGCAUUGCACGGUACAAGAAGGACCAGGGCGCCAAGAUCGGGGCCAUGAUGGAAUUUGACAUGACAGGAUACGUCGCUCGCAAUGCGACCGAGACUAUCGGCUUCAUUGCGACUCAAGCCGACGACGCGCUCACAAACUGGGUUCUGAACCUGGCUAAGAAGUACAUCGCCAUCCCGGCGAAGGUGUAUGAGCUUGGACCUUCCGCUGGAUCUGACUAUAUGUCCUAUACGCUACUCAACUACCCCGCUGCAUUUGCGUCCGAGGGUAAUCCACUCGCAAAUAAAGGAUUCCCCGGUAAAUAUGACCCGUAUAUACACGGGUCUCAUGACAUUAUUGACAUUGAUGAUGAGAAGGGGUACUUCUCUUUUGACCACAUGGCUCGUUUCACAGAGCUAGCCCUCGCAUUUGUAGUGGAACAGGCCGGGUGGGACAACAAAUGGCGUUAA